UUGUGAUGAAACCAGUAUCGCCAUUUUAAAAAAUAAAAAGGCGCUUAGUAAUAUUACUAUUUCCCAAAUAUUAGAACAGCAAAACCGAAAUUUUACGGCAUCGGGUAAAGUUUAUUCACCAGCAAAACAAAAAGGAAAGAAAGUUUAUUUUAGUGCUGGCGGUGGGAAAGAAUAUUAG